CGAAUCGAAACAAGUUUUAAGCAUAUUUAAACCAACUUAAUUCGUUGUUUCAUUUAUCUCUAAACAAGUUUAGUACGUGGCUGUGAUUAUGUUUUCGCAUUUAAACACCAUGGAAACGAAUUCAACUUUUAACUACUCCGAUGAAGAAAAACAAUCUGAAUUAGAAGAAUUGAUCUAUUUGAACACAGUAGCAAUAAUUCCCGUCGCUGUCUUCUGUUUAAGUUUAUCGGUGAUUGGAGUUGUCGGAAAUUCCACUAUCCUCUACGUCUAUACACGCAAGUUCAAAUCUCCAUUGGGAUUUUUCAUUCAGGUUUUGGCCUGCUACGACCUGUUGUCGAAUAUUGUUUUGAUUCCAGCUGACCUGCACAAUUUGUUUAACCAGUGGAACUUCUACAUACCCAUGCUGUGUAAGGCCCGUGUGUUUGUUUACUCAUUCUCUAUUAUUGGCUCCUCCACCAUGUUGCUUGCUAUAGCAGUCACUAGGUACAGAAAAGUGUGUCGCCCGUUCAGCGCACAAGUAACGGUAACCCAUGCUAAAAUUUCAAGUGUCGCCGUGAUGGUUUUCUCCCUUGUCUCCGCCUUUCCCUACGGCGUGUUAAACGGCAUCCAGACGAAGAAGACAAGACUGCCUGGUUACCAUAGUUACAGCUGCGGCAUGGACGACCGCUACCUGGGGACGAAGUGGGCCAAGCUUUACUCUGCGUACGCCUUGUUUCUUUACCUUAUCGUCAGUACUUCAAUGGUGACGUUGUACUGUCUUAUAGGGCUAAAAGCUGGCCGUAGGAGAAAACUAAAAUAUGCCGACACGCCUUUUGAGAUGUGUUGCAGUAGGGAAGGCCAUAGCUCUAAAGAUAAAGUGGAUUAUCUGGACUGUUUUCAAGCAACAAUCGGAGUAGAUGACAGCACACAUGAUUCAAAAACGAAAUUAAAUUUUAAUGAUAUUAAAAUUUUUACCAACCCUGUUUUUGAAGAAAGGAGGAAUAUCGGGUGUUCCGCAGUUGUCCAAAUUCAGACAUUGUCAAAAGCCGGAAAGUGUCGAAGUUUAGAAAACACUAGCGAGGCGUCUGAGAGUAUGCUGAGACUUAAUUUGUCGGACAAAUUUUACUUUCCUACUUUGUCCUAUUAUAGGCGAUGUCACAGUGCGUGUAAUUUAAAUUAUCACACAGCGUCAAUGUUAAAACAAAAUUUAUAUUUGGGAAAAAAAGCUUCGAUAAUCGAAAACCUGCAAGAAAAGACCCAGGAAUUGUAUCUAGAACAUGGUACUGUGAAUAUGUCUCACAGUUCUGACAAUUUUGUAGAAUCAAACAACCGAAUAGCUAGCAACGAUGGUAAAAUUAAUGUCUUUAAGAUGGCAAACUUCAACAAAUCUACACAAUCGAUGACAACUAAUUUCUUUCCAAGCAAUGACGGUGUCUCUUUUUCAAAAUCCGCUGAUCCAAUACCUAGACAAAACAGAACAACCAAGAUGCUUCUCUCCAUCACCCUGGUCUACAUCUUCACAUACCUCUGUUUCCUCUUUCUUGAAGUCGUGCGCGAGGUCACUUCCGUUUCCGUCGUGACCUUUGGCGUGCCUGGGUUCUGCUUGUAUAAUUUAUUCUACCGCGUGUUUCUCGUCAAUACGGCUGUCAAUCCCUUCAUCUACAACUUUUAUAACGCCAAGUUUAGAACGGAGUGCCGGAAGCUGUUUACCGGCUGCCGGUUAGGUCGGAAGUUAUGA